GACCUCACAGUUAAUCCGUGUGAGUUAAUCAGGCAAAGCCUCUAGUGAGUAAUUUUUUUUUCCUAUUUCUUUUAAUCAAACACACAACAGAACCAGACAAAGAGAGCACAGCCCUAUCUAAAAAGAAAGAAAUGAAAGAAAUGAAAAAAGAGCAAACAGAUAAACAACCUAAAAGGACGGACCCCUGGGAAUUCCUGUGAGUGCACAGGGCAUGAAUGUGAGCGACUUUCUGUUUCUCUCAUUUGCCUUUCUGCAUGUACCAUCCCCCUGCCUCAAUUCUAUUAUCCUCCCAGACUUGGAAGCUGCUGCCUGAGCUGACGCUUUGAUGGUAUCUGCUAGCGUUUGUACUGAUCUUUAUUUCUGCCCCCUGAAUAUUAAUUUUGAAGCUGGUAGCAAUACAUCUCCUGAGUGACGGGACCUACUAGAGGCAGGUGGGGGGAGCCAGCAUCAAAUCAUCAGCAUAAUAAUAAUACAAAGGGGAGGGAUUCUUCUGCAACCCAGAGGCGAGAGGCGAGAGGAAAAAAAGCGAUGAGUUCGCCAAAUACAUGGAGCAUUGGAAGCACAGUCUACUCUCCUGUAUUUUCACAGAAAAUGACGCUGUGGAUUCUGCUCCUGCUAUCGCUCUACCCAGGCUUCACUAGCCAAAAGUCAGAUGAUGACUAUGAAGAUUAUGCUUCUAAUAAAACAUGGGUGUUGACGCCAAAAGUUCCCGAGGGUGAUGUCACUGUCAUCUUAAACAAUCUGCUGGAAGGGUAUGACAACAAACUUCGACCUGACAUAGGAGUGAAACCAACAUUAAUUCACACAGAUAUGUAUGUGAACAGCAUUGGUCCAGUGAAUGCUAUCAAUAUGGAAUAUACAAUUGAUAUUUUUUUUGCCCAAACCUGGUAUGACAGACGUUUGAAAUUUAACAGUACCAUUAAAGUUCUCCGGUUGAAUAGCAAUAUGGUGGGGAAAAUCUGGAUUCCAGACACUUUCUUCAGGAACUCCAAAAAGGCUGAUGCUCACUGGAUCACCACUCCCAACAGGAUGCUGAGAAUUUGGAAUGAUGGUCGAGUUCUCUACACCUUAAGGCUAACAAUUGAUGCUGAGUGCCAGUUGCAAUUACACAACUUCCCAAUGGAUGAACACUCCUGCCCCCUGGAGUUCUCCAGUUAUGGUUAUCCUCGUGAAGAAAUUGUUUAUCAAUGGAAGCGCAGUUCUGUUGAAGUGGGUGACACAAGGUCAUGGAGGCUGUAUCAAUUUUCCUUUGUUGGAUUGAGGAAUACCACUGAAGUAGUGAAGACAACUUCUGGUGACUAUGUGGUCAUGUCUGUGUAUUUUGAUCUGAGCAGAAGAAUGGGGUACUUUACCAUCCAGACCUACAUUCCCUGCACACUCAUCGUGGUCCUGUCUUGGGUGUCCUUCUGGAUCAAUAAGGAUGCUGUUCCUGCCAGAACAUCUUUAGGAAUCACUACUGUUCUGACCAUGACAACUCUCAGUACCAUAGCCCGAAAAUCUCUGCCCAAGGUCUCCUAUGUCACAGCAAUGGAUCUUUUUGUAUCUGUUUGCUUCAUCUUUGUAUUUUCUGCUUUGGUGGAGUAUGGCACCCUGCAUUAUUUUGUCAGCAACCGGAAACCAAGCAAGGAUAAAGACAAAAAGAAGAAAAACCCUCUUCUUCGGAUGUUUUCCUUCAAGGCCCCUACCAUUGAUAUCCGUCCCAGAUCAGCAACCAUCCAAAUGAACAAUGCCACACACCUUCAAGAGAGGGAUGAAGAAUAUGGCUAUGAGUGUUUGGAUGGCAAGGACUGUGCCAGUUUCUUCUGCUGUUUUGAAGAUUGCCGAACAGGAGCCUGGAGACAUGGGAGGAUACAUAUUCGCAUUGCCAAAAUGGACUCCUAUGCUCGGAUCUUCUUCCCUACCGCCUUUUGCUUGUUCAAUCUUGUUUACUGGGUCUCCUAUCUUUAUCUGUGAGGAAGUAUGGGUUUUAUUGAUAGGGGUCUUAUUCGCUGAAUCUCGUGGAGAGAAAAACGUCCUUUCUAAGUCCAACGAUAUAAUCCCCUAUGUGGUCACUGAAUGUGUUUCUCUGUCUCAACCUAGUAAUACAUAUAAUGUCAUGUGAUCCGUGCCCAACUCUCCUUUGGUUAUUGUAAUCUGAAUUUCAGCGUGCACUGUCUUUCAAACCUGCAAGCAAAGUAGAGUUAGAACAAGAGCUGUCACACUGAGCAAGAUAUCUUUGAGCAACAGCAAUGGAAACAGUGAAAGCUGUGUUUAAAGUGGCACUAUCAGUCUUUGAUUCAUGUAUAGUUUAGUACAAAUGGUAUAAAGCGGUGUGCUACGUUCACUUGGGGGUCAAGUUGUGGUAAAUUGGAACAAAUUAGAAUACCUCCCGUGUUUGUGAAGAAUCACAAUCGAAAAGCCUAGAUUAGAACUCUUAUUAUACCUUUAUUCCAAGGUUGGAAGCAAAUUUCCUUCAUAUCAUAUGUACAGUGAUGUAAAUAUUUCAGUAAUGUAGAAUGCUUCAGGUUUAAUGCAUGCAUCUCUUUAGAGUCAAAAAUAAAUAAACUCAUGUUAUCAUCAUAUAGCUUUGUCUUUUAUUUUCUUUCCUUUGGGAUAUAAAAUAAUAUAUUAAUAUAAUUACAAGGAUUUGGGCUUGAAAUUGGAGGGAGUUUACUACCUUCUCCCUCAUGCAUGAAAAUUCAGGUUUUAAAAUUAUGUUUGUCUUGUAUGACAUUAAAACAUCUUGAGUACAAUUUAGGCUGAUUGACAUUUGACAGCUUCUAAAUACACCCAAAUUCAUCACUAGCAUAUAAAGUAAAUGUAUAUGCUUGCUGAUGUUUUACCUUUCUUUGAAGAUGUGCAUUCUUAAGAGAACUUGCUCUCUAUUUCAAUAUCUGCUUCUAGUGAUUGUGAAUGCCUUGUGGGCAGAGUCCUUGUCAAUUCUUCUUUUAGUUCUCAACAUCUUGCACUGUGCCUGGCAUAUAGUCAGUGCUCAAUAAAUAUGGCUGGGAGCAACACGUCCUCUUGUAGUCUGGUGAAUAACUUUUUCUGACCCAGAACAAGUGAUUCAUCUUUUCACAUUGCUGUUGAAAUGUGAUGCUUCUUCAUCUGUAGAAACAGCCAGAGAAUCUAAAGAACUGUAGCCUAUAUGUUCAUUUUCAAAAGUUUGUUUUAUGCAAAGGGUAUUUAUUUUAAAAUAAUAUCUGUUUCCUAUACCUAUGUAUGCAAUUGAUGAAUUAAGCAUAGAGUUCUUGACUAUCCCAUUUUUAAAAAGAAUUAAUUAUAUCUGCUAAAAAUUCUGCUUGUGAACCUAUGAAAGUAUGAGCAAUAUUCAUACCUGACUGGUAUACAGUAUGCUUGGAAGCAAUGUACUGAAGGUUAAAUUAAAAACAGAAACAUCAUUGAGUAACUUGCAUGGAGGACAUAGAGCCUCUGACUGUGGGGUCAUUUUGCUCCAUAGUAAUUAAAUGGAGUGAUUGACUGACUUCAGACAUGAUGCGUAGGACCUUAAUGCGAUUAUUCUGAAUCCUUAUUUUUCUAAACUAUGACCUUAUGGUCAGUUCUUCUUUAAGAAAAAUAUUGAUUCAAAUCAAAGUUAAAUCAUAGUGUAACUUUAUAGAUAAUAAGCCAAUUAAAGAAAGUGUCUCUGUUAAUAGAAAACCACAUGAAGUCAUUACAAUUCAUCUGGAUGAAUCUUGAAAACAUUCAGCUGCUGGUUUUACAAACCUUUAAUAUACCAGUGCUUCAGUAUAUAACCUCAAACAGAUGUAAAUAAAUGAUUAAUUUCUCAUUUUAAAGUGUCAAAAUAGUCAAUGUUGACUCUUUGGGAGAGUUGCUGGCAAAUUUAGUUUGUGAGAAACAAGUUAUUAUUGUCAAUUUGAAAUGUGUUUUGCAGGCGGGACACGGAAAUAAAAAUUAAAGCUAGAUUUCCAACAUGUGUAUAACACUGGAAAUAUGGAUAUAUAUAUUAUGCACCAUUCAAUUCUGAAUCAUCAGCUGCUCCCUGUCUAUGUAUUUGCAAACCUUUUCACAAGAGAAUUGCCUAACAUAUGAACUUUUACAAUAAAAAUGCUGCAUUCUA